GAUAAGACUUUGACACAAAGAGGUCUCACUGAACCAAACCAAAAAUGGCAGCUUUGAGUUCUAUAGCAAUCUCAUCUCUACAUUCACUUUCUCGAUACGAAAGCUGCUUCCUUUCAUCUCAAUUUUCAAAACCCUUGUUCCUAAACCCGAUUCAGAACAAACCCAGAUUCUCAAUUUCGUUUUGCCUCAAGCAAAGUGAUCGUGGCGAGAAGCAAAUCCAACAAGAACAAGUCAAAGAAGAUGACGAAGAAGAAGAGGAAGAAGAAGAGUAUUGGGUUGUUUCAGCUGCAAGAAGCAGAUACAAUGAGAUUGUUAUAGUGGACACUGCUUCUUCAAGAUACCUUCUCCUUGAUUCAACUAAGAAUGUGCAUAGUAUGAUCAAUAAAGGAGGUCAGACAUGGACUGGAGCCUAUUGGGACGAGUUUGCGAGUUUGCCGCCUAUUGUCCCUGAUGGUCCUAUUGCAAUCUAUGGUUUGGGUGGUGGAACAGAUGCAAGAUUGAUUCUUGAGUUAUGGCCUUCUCUGCAGCUUGAAGGGUGGGAAAUUGAUGAAAUUUUGAUUGAGAAAGCAAGAGAGUAUCUUGGGCUGUCUGAUCUCGAGAAACCGACACCACAAGGCGGUGGACUUUCUAUUCGUGUAGACGAUGCUCUCUCGCCUUCUGAAGAUGCUAAAGGAAAAUAUGCUGGGAUCAUUGUUGAUUUGUUUGCUGGUGGAAAGGUCUUAGAUCAGCUACAACAGGUCCCAAUUUGGCAUGAGCUGGCUAGUAGGCUAAUGCCUAACGGUCGCAUUAUGGUGAAUUGUGCUGGAAUUGAAUCAGAACUACAGAAUGGAAAACCGCAGUUGAUCUUAAAUGAUUCAGCUUGGAUGUUGAAUUCUACCGUCAAGAUCUUGUCAGAAGCAUUUCCCGGACAAGUUAGCUGGAAGAGAACACCAGAUUCACAAGGUCUCAACUUUGUUGCCUUAACCGGAGGCUUACCUGAUCUUAGUGACUGGUCUAAGAAGGUUCCGGUUCGUUUGAGGGAAACUGUGAAGCAAUGGAAGCUCUGUGAGGCCCCUUAACAAAUCUGAUGUUUUCAAGUGCAUCUUAACAUGUCUCCAACCAAGAAAUCAACCAAAUUAUUUUGAGGAAUCACCAAAAGUGCAAAGAUUUGAUCAAACCUUAAAUGUGAAUAGUGACAACAAGUUUGUUCUUUGCUUUUUUUUUAUGCAGUCUUUAAGUACAAAGAAGGUUUAUUUUUUUCAAUAAUCUAAUGUAAAUUAUGGGUGUUAAA